UCUGCAUGAAGUCCUUUUUGCAGGCUAUAGGCUUCAAGGGGAAGGGCAUUUAAAAUUUUAUUUAUUUGGAGAUAUUCUGGCUUUGUUUUUUUUUUUUUAAUUAUUUGAUAUUUGUAGUUUGUGAUGGCAAUUUCUAUUCCCUUGAGAGGCAUAAAGAAAGGAGGCACUAUUGGCAAACCAGUUCCAGGUGUGCAGGAUUCCCUACUGCCAAACGCAGCAUGGAGGUACCUGCAUGGAAAAGGGGGCUAAGAUUCCUGCAAAUAAAGAAGCAAAGCUUCCCUGCUCCAGUUCACUCUAUUGCGAUGAGUUUGUAUGAAGAUCUUGCAGCAGCUUGGGUACCUGCAAAACAUGAAUGGCUGUGGCCACGCCUUUUAGGUCAAGAACUCGUCAAUAGAUUGGGACGACAAAAGAUGUUCAAGUAUUGUGCCUAUAUAUGUUCCAACAAAUCCUCGUGGUGCAGAGUCCUUACCUCCAGCAAUUGUAGUCUCUCAGUUCGAUUUUUAUUUGCGAAGGUUAUGGGGUGAACCCAGUGAGGUAUGUUGUUCAACACAAGUAACUGUGUUAUGGUGCUAGAGCUUGCAGUUAUUUACCUAUUUUAGAUGGUCAAUCAUUGUAAAGUUUUUAAUUUCUUGUUAACUCUCUAACUCAACUAUGACCAUAUGUGAUUUUGGAAGUCCUAAUAGAGUAGACAUUGUUGUUUAGCGAGUAAAUAUCAAAAAAUAAAAAGAAUGAAAAAUUCAUCACAUAUCUAAGACCAUGGCAUAUUCUACUUAAUAAUUCUUUAACUAGAGUUUUCUCAUCUUUGAAAUGUUCUUGUCAAAGGCUUAAUGGAUAUUACUCUUAUCAUCGUUUUUUGAAAUUGUGUGGAACUUGUUUGCGAAACUGUAAUUUUCAGGUUUUGGUUAUUUUUUAAUGUGUGAUGCUUAGAUUUGUUAAGAUUGGUACGGUUGGGUUGGCUGCUUGUAGAUUUAAUUGGCUUCUCAUUGUUGGUGAGAAGAGAGUGAGAAACCCUCACAUCAUAAAAUACUAAAAAUUGGAAUAAGUGCAAAAAGAAACCGUCUCAUACUAUGACAUUUCCAUUGAUUUGGCAUGUGUGUAAUUACUCUCAUAACUCCAAUUAUCUUAUGGAGAACGUUCUGUUAACUUUCAUGAUUUGACAAUAAAGCCGAAAUACUUGGUAACAUUCACAGUUGGUUUGGAUCAGAGAAACAACGUUGAUGCAGCAGUUAAAAAGGUUACACAAAUGGACCAUUCCAUUAUAUGUAUUAUUUUUAUGAUGUUGCAAGUAGAGGUUUGUAAUCUUAUUUUAUUUUUUGAUAGUUUUUUGACGAUUUUCAAAUUAUGCUUUUUCAUUAUGAUAGCUGGACAAGUGAAUGGGAUCAAUUUGAGUGGUCAAAGAGGGCCAACCAUGUCAGUGUAAGAAAGAAAACAAAAUGGUAUGAUGCUUUAGUAUUUUACAUAUUUUUGGUGUUAUACCACAUUUUCCACUAUACCAUGUUUGAAAAGAGAACUCAUAAAACAGAGAUAUGAUACCCUUUCUUUAUUGGGAAAGGAAAUAAAGACUGAUUUUUUGUUCACUAAUAUUGCAUCCUUUCGUAGAUUCAAAGGACCAUUAUAAGAUUUGCUACCAGUUGUGUUUCUGCUGAGGAAUUGGUGGGAAAAAUUUAUUAAAAACAAGAGGAUGGGAGUUAUUGAGGAGUUGGUGAAAAAAAUUCAUAAAAAAUUCAUUAGAUAGAGGAAUUGCCACUGCAAGAAUUUCAUGGCCACACUAGUGAUGUCUUGGAUCUGGCCUGGUCCAAAUCUAAUCGUCUUCUUUCAUCGUCGAAGGAUAAAACUGUUCGUCUAUGGCAAGUGGGCUGCAAUAAAUGUAUUAGUGUUUUCCAACACAAUGACUAUAUUCAAUCCAGUCAAUGAAAAUUACUCAAUGAGUGGCUCUAUAGACGGAAAAGCUCGAAUUUGGGGAGUGACCGAGAGACAAGUUAUUGAUUGGGCUGAUGUGAGAGAUGUGGUAACUGCUAUAUGUUACCACCCAGAUGGCAAAGGCUUUAUAGUGGGCUCUGUCACCAGCACCUGCCGGUUUUAUGGAGCAUUAGAUGGAAAUCUCCAACUAACUACAGUGAUAAAUUUCUGGGGUAGAAAAGUACUUACAUGUAUAAUUAAUUUGAAUUGCAUCUGUUGUGCCGAUCUAUUUUGUAAUAACUUUCAACUUACUAUUAGGCACUAGUUUUUACUUCAUCUUGGAAUUGAAAUAUUUUUGCAUAUUGAGAAGCAUGAAUCGAUCUAGUAUUAUGUUUACCUAAAUUUAGUCAAUAUAUUGAAUAUUUUUCAGCUUUAUUAUA